CUUUAAGCGCACGGGGAUUUCCAAAACUUAGUUCCACAUUCGAACACUGCCGAGCCUUCUUCAGCACCUGCACGCCCAACAUUUUCGUGUUUUCACAUUCAAGUCUUUUGUGCGUUCGUCGAAGGAUGGCAGAACGUUUACGUCCUGUUAACAUCGUCCGGAUUAGGCCUAGAUUAGCAAUUGUUUUGGCAGGCCUCUUGAUUUCCUUAGCAAUUGAAGGUCGUGCCAAAGAACUCGACAAAAACAAUGGGAUCAUGUUGCCCGACAAGGAGCAGCAAGUGUUUACAGCUUUGGCCAACAUUAGCGUGACGUGCAUCUUCAUCCACACAGCCGAGAUCAAAUGGAAUAUUCCCGACUACCUUACGAAAACACCCGGGAUUAGUGCAAUGAACGAGCGUUUGAAUUUCACUUUCGAGAAGAACGAAACUCACGUCUGGUCAACGAUGAGCCUCAUCAAAGCCAGGGCAAGAGACACUGGCUAUUACGAAUGCUACUUACCUUUGUUUAAUGAAGUGCGAGUGAAGCAGUACAUCUACGUUUACAACAGAAGAGAUGCAGUCAUUAUGGAAGAGGAAUUGGUCAAAUUUCGAUUUGAAAUGGGCGAAGAUGCUUUGGUACCCUGCAACCCCACUCACCCUGAUGUCAAUGUGCAGUUGAAACGAUCCCCUCAGUUGGUCAUCGGGCAUCUAUCGAAGGAGGAAUUGCAGCGAGAUUUGUUGUCCGGUCCGUCUCGACAUUGGUUCCGGCAACAGUUCAAAGGACUGCGUCACAGGAACGUGAGCCUGGACGAUUUCGGAAGUUACCAAUGCAUCGGCCUGCUCAAAAACAGUACGGGCAAGCCGACCGACAAAAGAUUUAAUCUGAUAGUGUCUGGGCUUGAUCUGACUAGAAAUGGCAGUGAUGCUCGUGAUCCUGUGGAGGGAAGUAACGUCGUUUUGAUAUGUCGCGCCUACGCCCUUUCAUCUCCACCACGCUGGACGUAUUAUCAGAGUGUCGACGACACCGCAGAAGAACAGGUUAACAUUAGUGAAAGCGAGACGCCAUCCGAAUUGGGUAUGGAAAUCAAUACGACAAAAUUGACCGUUCAGGGAGAGUCAGAAUCGUAUUACGUGAGCAUUUUGGAAUUGUCUAAUGUCACUGCGAAUUCCCCCCAAAAGUUUGGAUGUUGGGCGAUGAAUAAGCGAGACAAAAUCGAACUGGCAACCGUUUCCUUCCAAGUCACACGGGCUCGCGUUCCCGUCAUAGCAACGAGAAACAAUUCGACUACAUCCAUCGAAGUGGUGUUGGUUAAAGGACAAGCGCGGAAUUUAACGUGCACUGGAUACGCAUCGCCUCGACCCAAGAUCCAGUGGCUCAAGGAUGGUAUAGAACACUUUGAUGAAGUUUAUUCCAGCGGCAAUGCGACUGUGUUGACCCUCCAAGGCACGGAAGAAGAAGUCGGUUCGUACGCUUGCCGCUGGAGUAACUACCUGGGCCAAAGUUUCAAAAAUUUCACCGUUACCUUUGCUGAGGAGCCGGACGACAUCGGUAAUACAGUUGUGAUUGCUGUUGGCACGUUGACGGUGGUCAUCAUUCUGGCUUCGAUUCUGAUUGGCAUCAGACUCUACCUUGACAAGAAAGGCAACUUGUUUCCGGGCGCUCAAGCUCUGCUCAAAGGCAAACCAAAGGAAUUGAACGAUCAUCUCAGUUUGGACGAGCAAAUCGAAAUUUUGCCUUACGACACGCGAUGGGAAUUUCCCAGACAUCGACUCAAACUCGGUGUACAGUUGGGCGCUGGAUGUUUCGGCCGGGUGGUCAAAGCUCAAGCUGUCGGCGUUAAAGACUCGGAGGAAACUGUCAAAACAGUGGCGGUGAAGAUGGUGCGAUCGCAGACUAACGUGGCUGCCCUGGAAGCUCUGGUCGGUGAAUUGAAAAUCAUGAUACACCUGGGGGCCCACCUGAAUGUUGUCAAUCUAUUGGGAGCUUGCACGAAAAGCGUCAUCAAAGGAGAACUGCUAGUCAUUGUCGAGUAUUGUCGAUUUGGGAAUUUGCAAACUUACCUCGUCGGCCACCGCACGGAUUUCGAGAACCAAGUCGACGAGUUCGGCAAUCUCUUGACGGAUGCAGAAAUGCAAGAAAUGGACCGUUCCAGAAAUGGAAACGCGAAUAAUCAAGACCAGAUUCAAACGUCAUCUUCUCAAGCCAAUUUGAUCGAUCAAGAUGUUUCUGCUUGCCCAGAAGGUUCAUCCUCGUCGUCUUCCAGUGGGGAAGUCUCUCCAGGUGCAGACACGUUCGGAUUUUAUCAACAAGACCCGGAAAAUAAAGUGAGCCAUUCCGUUUCGACAGCCGAUCUGAUCUCUUGGUCGUUCCAAAUCGCCAGAGGAAUGGAUUAUUUGGCCAGCAGAAAAGUUCUUCAUGGCGAUUUGGCAGCCCGUAAUGUUCUGCUGGCCGAUGGCGGAGUUGCCAAAGUGGCGGAUUUCGGAAUGUCUCGCAACAUGUAUUACGAAGGAAAUUAUCAGAAAGAAUCGCAGGGUUUGAUGCCCGUCAAAUGGAUGGCCAUUGAAUCUCUGACGGAUCGCCGUUUCUCCACUCAGUCUGACGUCUGGUCGUACGGCGUUCUUCUUUGGGAAAUCUUCACCUUAGGCAAAGUGCCAUAUCCAGGUAUGGAAGCCAAUCACGAACUCAUACGGCAACUGGAGAAAGGCUACCGAAUGGAGAAACCCGAUUUUGCGCCCAAUUAUUUCGGAGAAAUCAUGGCGAGUUGUUGGAAAUCGGACCCGAAGGAGAGACCAACAUUCAGCCACAUGGAGCAGCAGAUCAGCCUUCAAAUGGAGUCGACCGUCAGUGAUCACUAUUUAAAUUUGAACCAAUCGUACGAAAAAUUGAACCAAGAGAAAGUGAGUGCUCCGGCCAACGAACCGUUGGGUCUGGCCAAAGCUCUGGACUUUAAAAAAGAGAAAUUUAGUCGAUCGAGUUCAGUGUGCGAUGUGCAAACCAAGAAACCAGUCUGGAAUGGAAUCAGUUUGCGGAGAAUCUCUGAAGAAAGGACUAAUAUCGAAGCAUUGCCACAACAAAAGACUCAGAUAAGCAACCAAUACGUUUAGGGUUGGAGUCUUGGGCUUUCUUGUUGCCGGAUCACCUAUACUUGGCCAGCGGAUAGAGUACGUAGUUGUCUGUAAAAUGAGAUUUCGCACUGAAGGAAUGUCAUUGAUUACCGUCAAUGUGGUAAUUUAUGAUUGAAAAUGUGACCUUGAUGCUUGAUCCAUGAUUUUUAAUCCACUUGGUAACAGACGUAGGCCUAGCAGACGAGUAUUAGCAGACUACGUCUUCUAUGCGGAUUACGGUCUCCGUCGACCAUGUCUGCUUGUGGAUUGAAAGUCAUGAAAGGUCACAUUUUCAAUCAUCAAUUAUUGAACUACCAAGUAAAACUCGAUCAUUGUCAUUUGUAUAAAUUUAUUUUCUUUUAUUGUUUCAUUUACUGUGUCAUCGUAACUGAGAUGCAGUAAACAUAAUACAUUUAGCUAUACCUUUUGA